GCGCAAAGUAGCGGCCAACCCACACCCCUGAGGCCCCCUUCAAAAAUCGCUCGCUCCCUUCAAAGACCCAAAAAAACAAAAAAAAUCUUUGCAGUUUCAGAAGCUCUUUCAAAUCCCAAUAUGGCGAACACUUUGCGGUUGUACUUGACGUGCAUACGAAACACUCUCGAGGCCGCCAUGUGUCUUCAAAACUUCCCUUGCCAAGAAGUUGAAAGGCAUAACAAGCCGGAGGUAGAACUAAAGACCAGCACAGAACUUCUCCUAAAUCCAGUUUUGAUUUGCCGAAACGAGGCUGAGAAAUGCUUAAUAGAAACAUCUAUCAAUUCACUGCGCAUAAGCCUCAAGGUAAAGCAGUCAGAUGAACUUGAAAACAUACUAACGAAAAAAUUUCUUAGAUUUUUAUCAAUGAGGGCUGAAGCAUUUCAAGUAUUGAGGAGAAAGCCAGUACAGGGUUAUGAUAUUAGCUUUCUUAUAACAAACUACCAUUGUGAGGAGAUGCAGAAGCAAAAGCUCAUAGAUUUUAUCGUGCAAUUCAUGGAGGAUAUCGAUAAAGAGAUAAGUGAACUUAAAAUGUCGGUGAACACACGUGGGAGGCUGGUAGCUACAGAGUUUCUGAAGCAAUUUAUCUGAUACUUCUAGGAGUGCACCCAUCUUUUUGAAAGUGCCCAUGACACAGAAACAAGAUUUACAUGUGAUUAUAUUGGAAGGAUUGCGAUUCCACAUUUUUCCAUGUUUGUUAUCCCGUAAAUUGAGCAUCUAUCAAGAUGUGAUGAGGAUUGUGAUUCCAUAUUUUUUCACGUUUGAUGUCCCCCAUAGUUUGAGCAUCUAUCAAGAUGCAUCACUUCUUCAACUACGUAAUUAUUUUAUAAUCUUUGUCUGGAAGGGUAUAUCGAUGGAAGAA